ACCGAACCAGUCGCAGUCGGAAACAAACGAGCGUUCAAUGCUUACGUCUCGCUUACGCUGCCAAAGUUUUAUUCUCUUCGUCGCAAAUUGUGACAGCAAGUGGAGUGAAUAUUGUGAUAAUCAAGCGUUAUUUGACCGGACGAUUUGUACGUAAUAAAAAUUUAGUGUUGUUCAUUCAAUUAUAAGCCAAAGGGAGCUUAAUUCUGGUUUCGGCGGUCCCGUUUGUGACUGCGAUAAUUGCUGUUUGAGGAGUGACCAUAAUAUUAUGAAUAUGGCAUAACAAGAGCAAGAUGCGGUGGUUCAGAAAAGGCGAGCCGCCGCGGCUGCUUGCUGUCUCGCCUGAAGCAGAACGGUCCACUCGGAGAUCUAGAAUAGACAUGUCUCCAGUGCGCUACCCAAAUCGAAAAAGUAGCAGCAGUUCAGUGGAGACAAGUUUCUACAAUUUAAGCGACCAAAUAAUAAUUGUUGAGAAAUCGCCCCAUUCAUGUCAGAGGAGUUGCGAAACUCCUGUUACUCGACGAAUAUCAUUGCAAAAUGGGCCCACCUCACCGCCUUCGGAAAAUCAUACAACUAGCCGCAAGCACCGCGGUGGCUCUUUAGAGAAAGAGUACGUGGUGUAUCGGGAAAGACGUAAUCCUUUACUCGAUAAAGUCAAAAGCACAAAACUGUCGUGUUUUAAAUCGAAUGGUCCAAUGCGCCACGGAGACGACGCCGCCUCGACUUCAGGAAGUGACUGCAGUGGAUUUGGGCAUAUUGAAGAAGCACAAUGUCGUUAUGUCGAAAACUAUCCUGAACACGCAGAGUUUGAAAAUCAAAAUCCUUGGGUUAAAAUGACAAAUUACGAUGAUGAUGUAUUCUUUGCCAAAAGUCCCGUGGAGUGUACCUGGCGAGAAGGAAAAUCAUUUACUAACAGAGGAGCUCGAUGUUACAGCUCUGGAUCUGAAUGUGAUCGAUACCAUGUAAUACCAAAAGCUGGGACAAAACUAUCAAAAUCGAGUGACCAAAUAUUUAAUGAUGAUUAUGAAACUUAUAAUAAUCCACCGAUUUCCACGAGAUCACAUAAAAAGACUGACAAACUAAAGGACGACAAAGACACAAUCGGACCUAGUUCAUGUCUAUCAGCCAAGCUUCGGGCUAUGUCGGACCGAUACCUUAAAUCCUCCACAAAUAAAUUCUUUUCGAAACUCUAUAAACAAAGUGGAGAAGAUGAAGACGGAACAAAUGUUGAAAAUGAUAACACACUUAAACCAAGUAGUGCAGUAAGUAAAAGUCGAAAAAAAAGAGGAGGAGUUAAGGCAAAAUUAAGAAGCUUUUCAUAUGGUGCUUUGCCUGGACUCGAUGAAUUUAAAAAAAGCCAUAAUUCUGUAUUCCAUGAUGACGUUUAUCAAGUGUCAUGUGAUGAUGAAAACGUUUUAAUACAAGACUGUGAAGAUGCAGAUUCAGGUAUUCUAGUCAAUGAAUCAGCAGCUUCGUCUAUAUUUGACAGUGAUAGAAUAUCAUCACGUUGUGAAAGUUCUGCUUCUCAUUCGAAUUCCCAAGUACCUUCUCAUAGUAGAAGCGUAUCUGGGGAUCAAAGCUACACCAAAACACGUAUAUCUUGCAGAAGAAGUAGAGAAAAGAAUGAAAACCCUAAACCUACACCUCGCCAUACUCAAAGAGCUUUAUCUUUAGAUCGUAAAGAAAUACUCAGACGAAUGCCUAAAAAUCCUGAAUAUUCAGAACCUCAAUAUCUUCAGCUAACUGAGAAACAAAAAAUGCGUCAAAGAGACGCUAGUCGAGGAAAUUGUGGAAUACCUCCCAUUCCACCUUGUCGUAAACCAGCCAAAAAUAGUUCUAACAAAACGCAGUCAGAAUUCAAAGUUGUUAGAAUAAUAAGAAAAAGCCCCUGUGAUGAAUUAGGAAUAUUUAUUGCUAAGACCAAACUUGUUGAUGAAGGUCACGUGGGAUAUUUAGUAGCACACGUCGUACCUGGUGGAUUAGCCGAUAAAGAAGGGACGUUACGCAUAGGGGAUGAACUUCUCAAUGUCAAUGGUAGAAGAUUACGUGACCUCACUAUGGCGGAAGCUAAAGAAGCACUAAGAUCUGGGUCAUCUGAAAUUGAUAUCGUAAUUUGUAGGCAACGUGAAAAGAUUGCACCCGAAGUGCGACAAAGGGAGCAGCCGCAUAAAAAUGUGGCUUUGAUGCGGGAAAGUUCAGUGGAUUAUGAGAACGCAAUAAUAUUAGGCAAAGAAAAACGUAGUGAUAAGUAUGACAUCAGAUCGGACACGCGUCAUUCCCAGGACGAACCUACAUGUAAUCGCGUCGCUUUAUCAGCGCCGACGGAGGCGGACGCCGCGGCGGACACGCAGUCACGCUUCCUGAAAGGGCAUAACGCGAGUUACAGCAGUAUGAACAACAAGUUAUUACGUCGCCAAGUCGUCAGUUACGGUGGUUCGAAUAAAGACGGGCUUACGCUCAGUUGUACAGGUGAUAUCGUUGAUGUGGAUGUGCCGGACAGUGCUACACGGACUACAGAAAAAAAUGAUAGUGAAAGUGAUAACAAUAUGCAAACCCAAAAUGCUGCUAACUUCUGCACGCUUCCUCGAAGACCUCGAGCCCCUACGCACACGUAUCAUACUAUUACGUUUGAAAAAGGCCACGGGAAGAAACCACUCGGCUUCACGAUUGUGGGAGGGAGAGAUUCUCCUCGAGGUCCCUUAGGAAUUUUCAUAAAGAGUAUCCUUCCACAAGGUCAGGCCAUUGAAGACGGAAGAUUAAAAGCUGGUGACGAAGUACUGGCAGUGAACGGGCAGGCUUGUCAUGAGUUGGCGCACGUGGAAGCGUUAGCUCUUUUCAAAGCUGUUCGGAACGGGUCCAUCGAGCUUCGAGUUUGUCGCAGAGUAAAAAACCAGUCAACCAAAGCGAAAUCCUGCACAGAUCUACUCAACGACGAUGACUGAACAUCUCAAGAUUGUUCAUAAGUCUUCACUUCAUUGAUAUCGAAUCAUUAUGAUCAUAGACUGAAAAAAAUGAUCACGUUAAAAGAAUUACUGCUGUCAUUAUCAAUUGAACUUAUUUAUCAAUUAAUUUAGCUUCACACUAGUCCUGUCUUGGUUUCUAAACGGCCAGUUGUCCAAAUCAAAGGGCAAUAAACGGUCAAAAUACAUAAAAUUUACCAGUGAACAAUUUUGAUGGUUUCGCAGAAACGCCUAUCAUAGUAAUGUUGGCGUAAUAUUAUCGUCUACCACAGCGUUGAUAAGUGUUCAUAUGACAAAAUAUAUUAAAAAAUAUCUAAAUAAAUGAUUAUAUUGAUCAAUGAACAGCAUCUCAGAAACUGGUGUUAGAUGAUUCGUCGUUAUCAUUAUAUUAUUAUAAUCAAAUUGGUAGGUGCAUGUAUAUCAUACCUAGAUUAGUAUUGUUAAAUACAAUAAGUAUGUACUUAGAUUUUGUAACUACGUCCACUCUUAGACUAGAUACUAAGACUAAUGAAAUAUUAAAAAGUCAAAGUUUUAAAGCUUUUUCACCUUAUCUGAGCCCAUAAAUUGAUUUGGUUUUGGCAUCUUCUACGAAAAUAUGGAAUAUAUUAUGUUUGCGUGAUUUAUUUAUCGGAUCAGAUAAUCUGAAAACGCCAAAAAUAUUAUAAUAUUAUGGGAAAACUCAUUUAUUUAUGUGCCAUCCGCGUUAAAUAUAUUAAAAGAAUAAUAUAAAUUGCACAGUGUCACCUAUAAUAUAAUCCUCGUUUUUUUUGCUCCAACUUGAAUGUUAAAUCUGUACCUGAUUUUUUCAUUUUAUUAACAAAGCUCAACAUAUCGUGCACACUUAAAUUAAGAAUAGGUAAUCCCAAAGAUAAAAUUAGGUAACUAUCCCGUAAUCUCUUUUUUUGCUUUAGGAUUCUUAAAAGACUGUACUGCGUUUUAUAUACAAUGUAAAAUAUAUUAAUAGAAUAGUAGUACAUAGCAGAUAAGUCCUUAGGUUAUAUAUACCUACUUAAACCUAAAUAAUUAAGCCGUUUAAAAAUUAACAACCACUGGUUAGAUAAUUGGUCCUGGGGACAUUGUUAGACAGUGUGAUAGAUUCAAUUAACUAAUUCGAAAGCGCUUUGUAAAAGCUUGCUUGAACAAAACAUGUGUGUUUUCUAAACGUGUUUUAAAUGUUGUAACUACCUACCCAUAAUCUUUGGAAACUUUAAAUAUGUAAUUUGUAAAAUUGCAUUUAUUUACCUAUGCAUAGCUAGGUACCUUCGGAUAUUAAUUAGAUAUUAGUUUAACUUUUUAACAUUCACGGGCAUGGGAUUCCCAUAAUCACUUGAUAUUAAAACCAUUAAAACUAACAUCAGUAACGACAGAUUAUUGUAUAAAAUAUUAUGAUCUUUGAUCUACCUAAUCUUUUGAAAAUACCCAGCAAUUUUAACAGUUUAAGUACAUGAAAUAUUUCCACAGUCGAAUAACCUUAUCAAUAAAUUAUUUAUUUUGGUAAGUAAUUAAAAUAUUAAUGAGUUUGAAAAAUUAGUGUCUUACAUUUUUCAUUUUUGCUUUUUCUAAAUUUUCCCAAACAUCUUAAAUGACAGAAGCUUAAUUAUUUUGGGUCUUAUUAUACCUACUUACAUAAAUUAUGGAAUUAAAAGAGUUGAUAGUGAUAGAAGUUGUGCGAUAGAAGUCGCCAAAACAAACUUUGUACAAAGAUAUAAAAAAGAUUUAUACUCAAUAGUGCAAUAAAAAUUGAACAAAGUAGUUACGUUUCGUAGUUUCGAUCAAGUUUUUAUAAUAUGAUAGAAAUUAUAUCUAUGAUCUGAUUUACUGUGAUAGAAGUAUUCCUUCCUAUUUCCAUGAGAACAAAUUAACUAACAUUAAUGCUUCAUUAAUGGUAAAGAUUUUUCAAAGCAGUCAUGAAAAUUGAUUGACUAAGUACCUACUGGUACUUACUUACUUAAAUGUUGACAUAAUAUUAACUUACCAAAAGCAUAGUUCGCGUCAUUGGCAGGCGUCCAACGUAGUAACAUUUGACGCAAGUAGCCCUAAAGUACCUAGCCCUAUUUUUCUUUGAUUUUUACCUCGGAUUUUACGUCGCCAUAGCCUAAUAUUUGACAUAUCGUAGAUUCAUGAUCAAACUGAGAGUUUCCUCACUCUACUUCACUCUGCAAGAAGGUUAAGUUACUAUAAUUGUUUAAAAAACAUAUUAUUUAUCGUGAGUUAGCCGCUGGUCAUAGCAUUUUUUGAACGUUUUGUCAAUCCGUUACGAAACCCCGCUGUUAUUAAAAUUGUUAAAACUAAACUUCUAGAGAUCGUUGAUUCUAAAAAAGUGCAUGAUUAUUAGCAAUAGGUAUUUUUGUUUCAUAGUAAGUAACUUUUGGAAACUGUUGUAAGUAGAAUAGAAUUUGUGAAAAUAUUGUUUAAUAUAGCCUAUAGUAAUUAUAUUAUUGUACAUAUCAUUGGAUAUAUUGUAAUGAUGAAAUUGUUUAAAAAUAUCUUU